GUUAGCAUUGCAUGACAGUCAUCAUGCAUCCAGGCGCCUCGUAUCUCCAACACGAUCCAACACUCAACUCCUAGCAGUCUUUGGACUACGUUCUUACAAAAGAGUUAGCCGUAUCUUCUCGUAACUUUUACCCCUUGUCGACAUGGCAACAGAAAUUGAUAUUCGCAGAUUUUUAGAGGUCACCAUGGACAGUGGUCAGACACGACAGAGAAUGAGGCCGUGGCUCGAGUCCAAAGUGGAGUCUGGACAAAUUCCGGGUCUGGCCUGGAUAGACCGGGAAAAAAAGAUCUUCAGGGUUCCCUGGAAACACGGGGGCAAGCAUGACUGGAAUGAGGCAGACUCCACAAUAUUCAAGGAAUGGGCCAUACACACGGGCCGUUAUAGAGAGGGGGUGGACCAUGCAGACUGGCCCACCUGGAAAACACGAUUCCGCUGUGCCCUCAAUAAACUCCCUGAUAUCCAGGAAAUGAAGGAUCACAAUCAGCUGGAUGGAAGUGAUCCCUACAGGGCCUAUAAGUUCCUCAGUAAAGAAGAACUUACUGAGAUGAAAUCCAAUAACAAAGAAUACCGGGAGGUUUGCACUUUAAAUAAGGCUUCAAGUCCCAAGGAAAUAACCUCGUCUGAUGUUAUAGUACUCUCGGAGGUGAAACCUGUGUCUGAAAUGCCAAACUUUCCAUCUGAUCUAGAGGAUUUGAUGUUGGAACCAAUAAAGUCUGAUCCAAAUCUUGCACCAAUGAUUCAGUCAGAAUUAAUCCCAACUCCAGCAGAUAACAUAAAGGAAGAACAAGGGGAUGAGGAUAUGAAAGAUCUGUGUGAGGAGUAUACCCAGAUGACAACCCGGGGCCCUACACUUCCCGCCUUGAUAUCCCCACAGACCACGCCAUUCUUGCAGGACCCUCCAGAUCAUGAAAUGGAGAUAAUACUUCGAUAUUGCCAACAACAAGUUUGUAAUUACGGGGUCUGCAGUCCGUAUGGAUGUCGGCUUUUCUAUGAUCCGGAGAGGAAUGACCAGUUUGUAGAUGGUGCCAUCAAACAGGAACUCUUUGGACCAGACCUGUUUGAACAGUUACAGUUCCCCACCUGUGAAACAAGCAAUCCUGGCCAGAGGGAGCACACUUCCCAACUUUUGGUGGCGUUAGACAGGGGACUGCUUUUGGAGUGCCAUGAAGGUGUUAUUUAUGCAACUCGAAAAUCCAGAUGUGUUAUUUUUAUCUCAUCUCCCUGUAUUAACAAUGGUGAACCUUUUAAGUUGGAGCGGAAUACAAAAACGGCAGUCUAUGAUUUCCUCCAAUACUUUGAAACGGCACUACAACAAUAUUUGACUGGGGCUGCCAAGAAGCCUGUGGCCCACUUUCUCGUGGGAUUUGGACAAAAACUGACAUCUAACAAUAUUGACCUCAGUGGCCUGCUUAUAUCAGCUCAGGUGUUCCAUAGCAGAGCCAAACAUCGCCUGAAUCAGGUUGCUUGUACAAGCCCCUUGUCAUCCUCAAUCAAAAUCUCCUUGCCGGAUGAUUAUGACAGGCUUCUACAUUUUGUCAAAGACAGAUGUCAUGGACAAAUGGAAACCUGAUCAUAACGCCCAGAGUGUGGAUCCCUUGUUUCAUCAUCUUUGGUUGUUUUCAUUGGUUGUUUUGGUUAUUACAUUAGACAUUUUAUUUUGAUUUUGAUUAGUGCUAAUUUACUUUUAUAUUAAGAACAGUGACACCCAUUAAUUGUGUUUUGUGGGACAUUGAUAUUACCUAUUUCAGUCUGAUAAAAAUAUGUAACCAUCAAUGGUUAUGAUUUUUUUUUAUCAUUCUAAUGUUGAUUUCAAAGUUGGUCUAUCAGAUGGUCUAAACAUUUGUUGAGAUUUAUUGUUUCAUAAUGGUGACAUAAGUGUUUUCCUAAAUACAUAAGAGACCAAGUCAAGUACUUUUAAAAGUGAAACCAAAUUAGUUACUUAAGUUACUUACAAAACAAUAUUUCUCUAUAGUGAACUUACUCAUUAGGAAAAGCUUUUCAGUACAUACAUGCAAGAAAAUUGAUUGCUAGAAUCAUGAUGAUUAGAUACUACAUUCUGUAGAUUCCUUAUUUUACACGAGCACUUAAUUCUGCGAUUCAACGGUUUUCCAUCAAAUUGCAAGAACAAAAAAUCGUGAAUGCCAAAUUCUUAUCAUAGUUUCAUAUAGUUUACAUAUGUCUGAAAAAUGGAAGUGAGAUUUUAAAAUUCGUGAGAUGUGCCUCUU